UCCAGGCCCCGCUGGGCUACCUCUUUCGGCUCAGAAUUCAGCCCUGGCAACAAGGAAGGGUUAUCGACCACCGAGUCUCCAAGUCCGUCCAUCCUAGAGUGCCCAGCGCGCGACUCGACGCCCGGGUUUCGCUAUCUCUCGUCCCAGCUCUGUGAGGCCCGAGCGUCCAGGUCGUCCCUCUGUCGCGUUCGGGCUGCCGGCGGAGCUUAGUGACCCGAAUCCGUCCUUGAGGUUCGCCGUCCCCUUCCGCGCGUGGGCCCCCCGACCUUCCUGCGGCUUAGCGGGCGGUGUCCGAGCUGCGGUCCCGGGGCUCGUCGCAUCUCCGUCAGUACAAGCCCGUUUUGUCCCGGUCAGGAUCAACGGCCCCUGGGGGGUGUGUACCCGUUUCUGGGCGUGCGUGCUCACACAAUUGUGUUUUUCCUUGUGAGCACCUGGAAUGGAUAAAAGUGGCAGUUUUGUUACUUCCCAUGAGGUUGUGUAUCUGGAAGGAGAACCAUGAAAUUAACCUAGAGUAGGACGUUUCUAAAGACAUGGAAUGAAUGGCUUUGGGCAACAACAGAAUUUAAAAGGAAUAUUUGAGGGUGCAGAGCUAUAGGAGAGUUUGCCAACAGAAGGAUUUAUGGGAAACAGAGAUAAGAAUCAUCAAUAGAGAAACCGUUUAAAUUUCUUCAAGCAGUGGAAAAACUGAGUCUUGGGUCAAAUUAAGUAAAAUCUAUGCUGAAGAGAAAUCAAAUAAAAUCUCAAAUGGAGAAAAUAUGUUACUGAACAUUCAAUGUAAAUUUAGGAAAACAAUCUCAAGGACAAAUCUUUUAAAUCAUUUUUUACUAUUGUAAAAUUUUUAUAAAACUUUUGGGCUCAUCUCUAAGAACUGCCAUGAUGCUGAAACUUGAUAAUAUCCCAAAUAUGGAAGAAUUUUAGUUAUAAAUAACACUUGAAAAUACACAAAAUGUACACAAGGAAGAAUAUCUGAGAGUGGAAAAGUGCCAAUAACAUACAUUACUUAUAAACUUAACAGAUUACCUCGGUAAACAUAAACACUCAAGUUAAAGCUUAGUCUUUGGGAAUGCUGUAUUGAAUGCAGUAGAAGUUGGAUUUCAUUUAUAUGGACAACAACCUACUAACUUUCUUAUUCGCCUAAAGAUACUAUACUGCUGUUCCUGAAUUCCAACUCUCCAGACAUCUCACUGUCAGGGUGGCUUAAAGUCUUUAUCCAGGUGGACGAACUGCUGCCCAGUGAACACUACAGGCAAAGCAAUAUGAUUACUGCUUUCCUUUCUGGCAGUGAGGAAAAUCAGCUUGUUUCAGGAGAGGAGAAGCCACACUGCAUCUGUUACACAAUAUCAUUCUGUCUUUGCCUUUGAGGCUUUCAUACUCCCUUCUGAAGCACUACUUUUUAUUGAGAUUUAUCUUACCUGAGUCUGUUCUUGUGAGCACAUCUCUCCUUUUCUCUUCCUUUUGUGUGUUUUCCUAUAUUCAGUUAGGGAGAGUAUGCAGGUACUCUGACUGGUGCUACUGUAAGGAGAGAGGAAGAGAAGAAGCAGCAUUCAGAAGCAGGGUUCUGAAGAGUGAUCGAUCAUCCAUGUCUUGCGGUAGCAACAGCUAGACAGGACUUUGGCGGUGAUAACUCUCUGAGUUCAGACCUUUACCUCUAGACCAGCACUACAUGAGCCUUUAUCCCUUUUAGGGAUAUGUGUACCCUUCAGUAUAAAUGCCUGUGCCUUCUGGGAGUUUGUGCUAGUUUUUGGAGGGGAUGGGUUUUUUUUUUUUUUUUUUUCAUUUUUAAUUUUUCUUCUAAUUAAGUAGGGCUUCUUUUUACCCCUGUUGAUUGUUUGAAACCAAAUUCAGUAUGAAUAAGAGAGGAAAAUAUACAACACUGAAUUUGGAGGAGAAAAUGAAGGUUCUAAGUAGUAUUGAAGCUGGAAGAUCUCUUAAAAGUGUAACGGCUGAAUUUGGAAUCAGUAAGUCAACACUUUAUGACAUUAAAAAGAAUAAGAAAUUGAUUUUGGACUUUGUACUGAAGCAGGACAUGCCAUUAGUAGGGGCUGAGAAGAGAAAGAGGAAAACAGAAGCCAAAUAUGGUGACGUGGACGACGCUGUCUACAUGUGGUACCAACAGAAAUGCUCCGCUGGUGUCCCUGUGAGAGGUGUGGAGCUUCAGGCUGCUGCCGAGAAAUUCGCACAGUGUUUUGGGCGAACAGACUUCAAAGCUAGCACUGGUUGGCUUUUUAGAUUUCGAAAUAGGCAUGCAAUUGGGAACCGAAAAGUAUGUGCGGAACAAGUCCUAAGUUCAGCUUCAGAAAAUGUUGAGUCAUUUCGACAAAAACUGUCCAUGCUUAUCAAAGAAGAGAAGUUGUGUCUUGCUCAGCUGUACAGUGGAGAUGAGACUGACCUCUUUUGGAAGUCAAUGACAGAAAAUACUCAGGCAAGCAGAAAAGCUAUUUGUCUGCCAGGGAGGAAAAUAAACAAAGAACGAUUGUCUGCUCUUUUAUGUGCAAACGCAGAUGGUACUCAUAAGUUGAAGUCAAUCAUUAUUGGAAAAUCAAAGCUGCCCAAAAGUGUAAAAGAGGACACGUGUACAUUACCUGUGAUAUACAAACUUAGUAAAGAUGUUUGGUUCACCAGAGAAUUGUUUUCAGAAUGGUUUUUUCAAAACUUUGUUCCUGAGGUCAAACACUUCCAACUUAAUGUUCUAAGAUUCCAUGAGGAGGAUGUCAGGGCCUUGUUACUUCUGAACAGUUCUCCAGUUCACCCUUCUACUGAAUUACUAACCAGUGAGGAUGGUCGAAUAAAAUGCAUGUUCUUUCCCCAUAACACUUCAACCUUGAUUCAACCAAUGAAUCAAGGUGUGAUCUUGAGCUGCAAAUGACUUUACAGGUGGAAGCAACUUGAGGAAAGUCUUGUAAUUUUUGAAGAAAGUGAUGAUGAACAAGAAAAAGGAGAAAAAGUAGCUUCCAAGAUUAAAAUCUACAACCUAAAAAGAGCAGUUUUUAACUGGGCAAAGAGUUGGGAUGAAGUAAAGCAAAUAACAAUAGCAAAUGCAUGGGGAAAUCUUCUUUACAAAAAGGAACAUGAAUAUGAUCUUCAAGGCUUAGAAGAUGGGGAUUAUAGAGAAAUUCUUGAGAAAUGUAGGGAGUUGGAAACCAAGCUGGAUGACAAUAGGGUAUGGUUCAAUGGGGGUGAAGAAGAAAAGGGUAGCCCCCCAAAAAUAAAAGGUGGAAUUACAAAGAAAGUUGUUCAAAAAGGAGCUAAAGAGGAGGCUGGUGAAUUUAAGUUAUCUGCUGUAGGAAAGAGUUUGGACUACCUACUGGACUUUGUCGAUGUCACACCUGAGUUUCAAAGGUUCCAUUUUACACUGAAAGAGAUGCAACAAGAAAUAAUCAAGAAACAGUUCCAGAAUAGAAUCCAUUCUAGAAUUGGUAGCUUUUUGAAACCGAGGUCUCAUAAUAUUAAGUAUUCCUUCAGUAUGCCUUCAACUUCUGGUUGUAAUAAUUAGAUGUUGUGUUUAAAGAUUUCUGCAGUUUUGUGAUGAUACAUGAACUAGACCUGUUGUGGAUUGUCAUUGUUUUUAUAAACUGACCUCACUGCAUAGCAAUGCCCAUUUAUAUUGUUUUUAAAUUUUUAAUGGAAUAAAUUUGGGGUUUUUUUUUUUAUGUUUUAAUAUGUUCUUCCAAUUUUUUUUUUCUAUUUAAGGCAAAGGCUUUAAUAAGGAAUUACUGUCCCAGAUUAUGGGUGGAAUGGAAAGCAUUAAAAUCUAAAUAUAUUCACAGCAUAUAACAAAGCAACUAAAAAAAGAAAAGCAGCUAUAUUUAUGCUGACUAGUUAUUUAAGAAGAUAAGGACAGACUUCAAUUUAAUGGUAUGACACACUCUGCUCUUAUAAAUGGGUUACCACCUACUUAGUAUUUGUUUUUCUCUUAUUGUGGAAGUAACAUGCCAAUUAUAAAAGAUAACAUAAAAAAGAUAAAAGCACUCAAAUUUUAUUGACUAAUGAUGGACUCUUCAACACUUUGGUAUAUUGCAUGUAUCUUUAAAAUAGGUAAGUUACUGGAGAAGGAAAUGGCAACCCACUCCAGUAUUCUUGCCUGGUAAAUCCCAUGGAUGGAGGAGCCUGGUAGGCUACAGUUCAUGGGGGUCACAGAGUCGGAUAUGACUGAGCGACUUCACUGACAUAAUAGACAGGAGGAGGAGGUACUGGUCAAUUUGUACUUUAUUCUUUUUUUAUUUUUUAAGAGUUCAGCUCUUUAGCGAACGUGUUACAAAAGAGGCUCAGUCAAAAGCCCAAAGCCCAUGUCAUGAUCAGACUCCUCAGGCCCCUCUUUCUCAGCUGUCUUCUCAGCUGGUGGGGGCAGCAGGAACUCCUGCAGCUGAGCCCCAGGCACUGGGCAAGCCCACCAGCCCCUGCCCUGCACAUGAGGUUCACAGUGUCGACACUGGCCAGAGCCUUGGCAAACCGUGCUGGCCAGAAAGGGUCAAUGUUUACGCCAGCCACUUAAUGAGGGCCUGGCUCCUCCGUGACCGUCACCCCGUUGUGCAGGGUGAGUUAGAUGCAGGCGAGCUUCCAGAUGGAGGCCGUGAUACAAGCAAACAUGAAGCAGGCACUGCUGGGCAAGCUGCUGCACACGGGGUGAAGUGAGGGACCUCACUGCAGCGCGAUCCGAGCUUCCUCCGAGGGACUGAGCACCUUAGUGGCAGCUGAGAAAGGGAGCCAGGUAAAUUUCUCAAAGACUGGGUCCAUGGACUCCCCAGGCUCAGAUGAUAUUCAAAAUAUCUACCAACUAGGCCUGACUCAGGCACUGAAGAGUGGAAGUACUAGACUGGGGCUUGGCGAUGCUACUGGUGGUCCAUGAUGCUCCUGCCUCUCCUGUGGCACCAGAGAGGAGAACCCAGGAGGC